CCAAAAGAAACAUCCGUUGCAAUUUGCGGAUCCUCGCGUCGUCUUCGCCAAAACCCCACGCCGUUCCGAUCGUCGGUAUCUAGGAACCGCCGGCGGCCGUUUCAGCCAUGCUCGAAUUCGACGACGAUGCGAUGGAAGUGGAAGCCGACGGCGCCGUCGAGGAGGCCAAGGGGAGCCGCAAGAGGAAGUCGCGGGCGGGCGCGGAAGCCGAUGUCUGCGGUGGCGCUGGCUUAGCGGGCGACAGGAGACUGCUCAAGAGGAUCAUGCUUUCCUUGACGAAGCCGUCGUACGCCCUCGGCCUCGGCGGGGGGAGCUUGCGGUCGGAGAAUCGCCGCAGGUUGACUCGGCUCCUGCGGAAGCUCGUGAGGCGGCAGCGCUGGGCCGAGGCGAGCGGGGUCCUGAGCGUGCUUUUGAAGGCGACGUGCCAGGAGAAGUGUCCCGAGCUCAAUCGGCUCAAGUAUUCGGUGCUAAUGGAGGUCCUCGAGCAUAUAGAAGCCAAGCGUAUCAAUUCCACUAGGAUCAAGCUGAUUUACGAUGCUUGGAUGGCAAGGAUAGGAUCGAAAAAAAAUUGCCAAUCGCAGGAUUGGCUUGCAGUUCAUUUGGAGUUCAUCCUCUUUUUUCUUACUCAAGGGGAAAUUGAGAGAGCGCAUCAGAAUGCUCUAUGGCUCACGCAAAACGAACUUGGGACAGAUUCAACUGCAAAUCUGAUAUUGGGUUUGACAUGCUAUCAAAGUUGGUAUUUGAGUAUCCCAACAGACAUGCAAAUGAUAGAUUUGCGAACUAAUGCUUGUCAACAAACUAUGAUGUCGGAGGAAAGAUUUGACAUUUCAGCUAGGAACUCAGAGGGAUAUCCUCCCGUUUAUAGUUGCGAGGCCAGCACAUCCUUACAAUGCAAUUCUGAUACUUCUGUCAUGAAGGAUAAAAGGAUAUCGGUGGAUACUAAUUAUGAAAGACCUACAAAAGUCCCUGUGAAGGUUGAGGAUAAUUUGGAGGAGGAGCAAUCACAACGAUUUUAUUUGAAUUCUACUGAAGAUGAAGCCCCACAGCCUACUGAUGUUGGAAAUGUACAUUGUGCUUCUUCUUUAUCUGAUCUAGUUGGCCUGGAUUCAUGGCUGUUGCCCAUAAGACUGCCACAAAACAUCAAGAAUUCUGAGGGGUGGCAGCCGGUGAAGCUUAAUGAUGUCUACAAGGAUGCAGUAAAGUAUUUGCGACUAGCUCUUGAUUCAUCACCCGCAACAUCAGAUGCCCUACUUCCUCUGAUUCAGUUGCUGCUGAUCGGCGGACAAGUAGAUGAGGCAUUCAAUGUGCUCGAUGAGGUCUGUCAUCAUGCAGAUACUGCUCUUCCUUUUAGAGUGCGAGCUGCUCUGUUGGAACAUUUUGCUCAUGAAAAUGUUGUCGAGCUCUCAUCAUGUUAUGAAGAAAUCUUAAAGAAGGAUCCAGCGUGCUACCAUUCAGUGGCAAGGCUUGUCACUAUGCAUCAAAGUGGAGAUUAUCAUCCUGGAUCCAUGCUGGAAAUGAUCUCUCUGCAUCUGGAUGCUACGUAUGCUGAACACCAGAUAUGGAGAGAAUUUGCAAUGUGUUUCCUCAAGCUUGCUAGGCAUGAAGAGGAUUGCAUGUCAGUGCAUCUGGAUGGUAAAGAAGGUGGAAUUAGGCAAAACUAUUCUGUUUGUUUUAAUCGGAUCCCUGACCAUUUCCUGAAGGGUGACUUGCGCAAGAAUUGGAGGUUCCGGUGCAGGUGGUGGUUGAUGCGUCAUUUCAGCUAUAGUAUCCUUGAAACAGAGAUUGCAGCUGGCAAGAUACAGCUCCUAACUUACAAGGCCGCAUGUGCUGCUCAUAUGUAUGGGCAAGAGUUUGAAUACGUUGUAAAGGUUUGCGAUAGUUUAGAAGAGGGAACUAAUAAGGACUUGUUAUUGUUCUUGCGAACGCACUUGCGAAAUUCUGUCAGGCUUCAGUCAAGCUUUCAGCCGAAACAGGCAUGACUCUCACCGUGUUGUUCUCUAGUUGGCGAGUUUCAUCGGCAUUUUAUGUGCUCAUGGCUGAAAAAGGCGAGGAGGAUACACGGUGAGCAAAUCUGAUCGCUCAAACGAAGAGGUUCAUGUUCGUAUUCUGUAUACAAUUGGUAGUUAGGGGAGAGUUGUCACUUGUUUGGGUAAAAAGCAUUUACACCAUAUGCCUA